AAUGUUUAGUAAUCAUUACAGCUUAUGAGUUAAAUAAUAGCAGAUACCCUCUGACUGAACUGAAUUAUGAUCAAAGGAAAGUGUCUCCAGUGCUCAGAGUUUUACUCUCUCAGCGCUCAGCUGUUUGACGGUGUGCUUCUUCUCGGCAGGCUGCAGCUGGAUGCGGAGGGUGUGUAUGAGUGUUCAGACACUGGGCUGGUGUUCGAGGUCUCUCAGCGUGUCAAGAUCACCUACUGCGUUCUUUCCUGGAGCAAGUUUAGCACGUACUUGACCGGAUCUUGGAAAUUUGCUGGUCCCAUUUUCGAUGUGGACUGCGAUCCGUCUAUUCUCAAAUCCGUCCAGUUCCCACACUCACUGUGUCUAGCAGACAAAGACAACGAAGUGAAGUUCAGCGUGCUGCAUGUGAAGAACAGCCGUGGACUGAUCGAGCCCUCGGCGGAUCACUCCGGCAGUCACGUCAGGUGGAACGUGUCGUCUCUUUCUCCCGUGGGUCCGAUUGUUCAGACGUCUAAAUCUGCAGAGCAUCAUGGGGUGGUGCAGGUGUUCAAGGAGGUGGGCCAUGAGAACUCCUUCUCCUUCAGAGUUUACCUGGCUGGAAACAACUGCUCUGACAUCAAGGACAUCAGGAGGGCCGUUUUCGGCGGGCUAACACCUGUAAUACCAACAAGAGGUACAUACAAGUAG